UCUGUGUGAGACACAAAAUGUCCUUACAGUCCGUCGGGAGACAGCAGGAUGGAUUUAUAUCUUGUUUUCUUAAGUAGACAUAAACUAUUUCUCAGGUUUCUGGGAUUUUUUGACCAAAAGCGACCGAAACUUCGGUGUUUGUUCAACUUCUGGGAGCUAAGCAGCUGUUUGGCUUAACCGGUUAACUUGUCAUAAUACUAGUAAUAAUAAUAAUGGACAAUAGCGACGAGGUCUCCAACGACAUUCGGACUGUUUACGCUGCUGUUUCCAGAGGACCAAACUCUGACCUGAAGAAUGGACAGCUUUUCAAACUUUACAAGAGGAGGUGGUUUGUGCUGCUGGUGUUGUGUCUCCUAAACUGCUCCAACGCAACGAUAUGGCUUACCUUUGCACCAGUGGCGAACCAGUCUGCCCAGUACCUGAAAGUUACUCUGGACGAGAUCGACUGGUUAUCACUGGUCUACAUGGUGGUGGCCAUACCGCUCAGCUUUGCAACCACUUGGAUGCUGGAUACUCUUGGACUGAGGAUAACGCUGAUCCUGGGUGCCUGGCUGAACAUGCUCGGAGCUGUGCUGCGGUUCCUCGGCACGCUUCCAGGUGAGAGUUUUAAAAUCCAGUACCCGAUAGUGAUGUUGGGACAGACCCUCGGCGCCUUGGCUCAGCCCCUCAUCAUUUUCGCUCCCACCAAGCUGGCAGCCCUGUGGUUCCCCGACCAUCAGCGGGCCACAGCUAACAUGAUCGCCUCGAUGGCUAAUCCCCUGGGAAUCCUCCUCGCUAACAUCAUCUCUCCUGUGAUGGCUGAAACAUCUGCACAGAUCCCAAAGCUGCUUCUAGCCUAUGCAAUACCGACAUGCAUCAUCUGUGUCCUAGCAACAGUGGGGAUACGCAGCAGUGUCCCCCCGACGCCGCCCUCAGCCAGCGCAGAGACCUCCAACUCAGAGCCGUUCAUACAAGGGAUCAAACUGUUACUGAGGAACAGAGCCUACCUCGUCCUGCUGCUUUGCUUCGGCUCAGGGAUCGCCGUUUUCACCUGCUUCUCCACGCUGCUAGAUCAGAUCCUGUGUGUAAAAGGAUACACCAACGACUUUGCUGGGUUGUGCGGCGCCCUCUUCAUUGUGUUUGGCAUCAUCGGCGCCGGUAUUCUGGGUCUCUAUGUCGACAAAACCAAGAAGUUCAUGGAAGCCACAAAGAUCAACAUGAGCUUCUGUGCUGUGGCGUGCAUCGCCUUCUCAGUGGUGUCUCUGAUGCCGCAGCAGAAAGUCGCCGUGGCCGCCGUCUGCUCUUUCUUUGGCUUUUUCGGUUUUUCCAUCUACCCGGUUGCCAUGGAGCUGUCGGUGGAGUGUUCGUAUCCCGUUGGAGAGGCCACGUCAGCUGGACUCGUCUUUGUAUCAGGACAGGUUCAGUCAGUUGUCUACAUCGUCCUCCUUCAAGCUCUGACCACACGGCUUGCAGACUCUCCCCUGUCCACCUGCGGGGAAGCAGCCUUGAGCUGGAAGGUGCCCAUGAUGGUGAUGGCAGGGCUGUGCACUCUGUUCACCUGCUGCUUCCUCAUCUUCUUCAACACCCGCUACAGGCGACUGGAGGCUGAAGAACAAGCGACUUACGGGACCAGAGAGAGCCAGCAUCUAUACAGGAAUGAGCACCCUCCACGGAGGCGUGAAGCUGCUGACAAUACAGAGGAAACAUGCCACUAUGAGUGAGAGCAGAAAGGUACUCAGACGGAUGAUCUAUUUUUGUUUUUGUUUUUUAAAAUAAAGAUGUUUGUGUGUAGUUUGAUUAAGUCACAAACUUUUGGUACAUUGUUGGA